CGCACCUAAAGAAACCGGAGCCGGAAGUGACGUUUGAAAUAGCGGUUAGAGCUCCAGCGCCGCGUUGGAUGCCUUGUUGAUACAGAGAUGAGCGGUGACAAUGUGAAGUUGUUUGUGGGGAACCUUCCUUUAGAUGCAACUCACGACGAGCUGACCAAGCUUUUUUCUCCGUUUGGAGAGAUCAACACCUGCUCUUUGCUCAGACAGUAUGCCUUCGUUACCCUGAAGGGAGAGGGGGCAGCAGACAGGGCCAUACGAAAUCUUGAUGGCAAAGAGUACAGGGGGCGGCCCUUGGUGGUCGAGGAGUCACGUGCACGUCCACCCAACUCCACCAAAGUGUUUGUGGGGAACCUCGCUGCAACAUGUUCAGCAGAUGACCUGCACGGGUUGUUCUCAACCUACGGAAGAGUACUAGACUGUGACAAAGUUAAAGCCAGAUUAUGCUCAAAUGUUGGCUAUGCAUUUGUGCACAUGGAGAGGAAGGAGGAGGCGCUGGUAGCUAUUGAAGGACUCAACGGGACCAAUUACAAGGGCCGUCAGUUGGCUGUAGAACUGUCCAAAGCCCAACCUUUGGUCAACCAGCUUGCAAUGGCUGGAAAUAACUACGGUGGAACAGGCAGGGACGGUCUUCUUCCACGACCGCCUCCAUCACUAGAGCACCACCAGAGUCAAGCAGCUGUUCUAGCAGCAGCUGCAGCAGCCGCAGCUGGACUCCCAAUACAAGUUCAACAAAGUGUCCAUAACUCAUUCUACAACACCACAACCUUUGACCCCACCUACGCUGCCUUGAAGGGCAUUACCAGCGCUAACGGUGCAGAUGGGGUGAUAUAUGGUGCUCUUGCCAGCCAGGUAUAUGGAACUGUUGCGGACCAGGUGUACAAAGAUAUGUCCAAUCACAAUUCUGCUGCCGUAGCCCCUGUUACAGAAGCAGACUCACAGAACGGGCCAGACCCCACAACGCUUUUCGAGGCAGCGAGAGCCAAGUUCUUUCAGGAGGGACAGAAGGUUCUGGCAGAGCAGCAGAUAGGGAGAAAGGGAGCAGAGAAUGAGCGGGACCGCAGCCCAAUCAGAGGAAAUCGAGCCCCCCUUCUCCCAGACCCCGUCCCUGGUUCCUUCGGUCAGAUACGACAGAAGCGCCGCGCCCUGCUGCCGACCCCCCCCGGAGCCCCUGAAGAGUCCCCGGCUGCCACCAACACCCCUGAAGGGUCAGAUCCUGUAGCUAGGUCGUACGAAGAGUACUACCAGCAACUGCAUCAGUACCAACAGUAUCAGCAGUACCAGCAGCAGCAACAGUACCAGUACCUCCAGUAUGCCUACACCAACCCUCCUCCUCCUCCUCCACCUCCACCGGCCAACACACAGGCCUCCACCACAGCCCCUGCACCCCCAGGGACGUACUCUGCGCCCCCAACGUACGCGGCACCGGGGGCCUACCCACCGCCGGGAACAUAUGACGCGUCGGGAGGUUACGCUGCCCCCCCAGGGAGCUAUGACGCGUCUGGAGGCUACGGGGCACCGGGAGCUUACGGCCCACCAGGAGCUUACGCUGCAGCGGGAAGCUACUCCACAUCCACACCGUAUGAGCAGACAGCCGCACACGGGCAACCCAUGCCCCAGCGCCAUGAUUACCCUUACCACACGCCAGAACCCCCUUAUCGAUAGUCCCACUCCCAUACACUCCUUCCACACUGCAGAUGUGUGUGUGUGUGCGUGUGUGUGUGCAUGUGUAUCUACAUAAGGGACAGUUUAAAAAGGAAAAUCAGAGAGGGAGCAAGGUUGUAAUUCAGAUCUAAAGCAUUUUCUCCAUCGUUUCUCUAGUUGGUCUGUCAGUUGAUUGGUUGUGUGGUUAACUUACAGAGGGACAGCUUAUAUUUGAACAUUGCCAAGCGAUCGGGUUGUGUGAGAGGCUAUAGAGGCACAGUUGGUUUCUUGUUGGAUGUUUAAGAAGCUUAAGCGUUUCAUGGGGCAAAGUGGAGUCCAGGGUAGAUCUCGUUGGAGAAGCUUUUUUGUUUGUACAGAAUCGAGGCCUUUAAUAUAAUUUACACAAAAAUGUACACCAAAAAGGGGUUCAUGGAAAAGCAGUCCAUAAGCCAUGCAAAGUCAUAGUUUCAAGUAGGGAAAACACUGAUAAAUUGUUAUGGAGAAUGUUUGUCUUUUAGUUUCAGGCUGGUUUCACAGUAAGGACAGGUUUAGUGCUCGUCAAGCAAUCCCAAGUAAAGAUGUUGAAUUUUUUAUUUUAGGUCAUGGAAAUCUUCAUAAAUAUCCAAAACUCUUAAAUUGACAAAUGAAAUUGAUUGUUCAAAAGUCACAAAGAGUCUUGUGCAACCCUUGAUGAUUUUGUGAUUGCAUUUAGCCCGCUGGCAUUGAAAGUCUUCUUGAGGCUUCGAGUGUGUGCCGAGAGGUUACAGAGAGGCCGAGAGGUUACAGAUUACAUUUGCAGUCAACACAGGCCUUCCUUUUUAAUUGGCACAGUUUGCCUGACUUAAGAUACAUAUAACCACUCCAGUUAUUCUUGUGAAGCUUUGUAGGUACAAGAGAUGGCAAAGUUUGACCCUGACUUUGACAACUACAAGAUAAAAAUACUUUGGAUGUAACAAUUUCAGCGAUUGACAUAACCUGGGUGUUCUCUUGGAUAGGUUUUCCACAGUUUAGGCCUAGCCCAGGCUUUUUAGAAGUCUACACACACUCAGGAGUUAAAUACAUGUAUCCUGUCAGGGUUUGACACCAAAACAUUGGAAAAUAAUAUCUAAAUAUCUUUCUAGUCCUUAACAUUAUUUGCUUUCCAUGUCAGUUUUGUGUAGACAUGUUACUGGAGCAUCAUGGGAGAAAAGAAAGCCCAGUGCAUGCAUGUUUCUCUUUAUUCAGGUAAUACUCAGUUAAACCCACACACGAGGCAUUGUGUUCAGUACAUAUUUAAAUAUGUAAAGGCUAGAAUUACAGCAAGCUUUGAUUGGCUGAUGAUGGAUAUGAGCAUUAUCAAUUCUGUAAUUCCUGAUUGGUUUAUAACUUUUAAUGUUAUUAGCUUUUUUUCCAAUAUCAUCAGCUUAGUAGUUUUCAUACAUGGAAAUUCACAAUUUGGUACUUUUGUAAAUACAUACAACUUUGUUUUAAGUGGAAGGGGUAAAGCCAACUAGCAUUUGGUUGAUUGGUAAGAAUAUUGACUAUUUAUAUUUGAGAUAAAAUGAUUGUAUUUCUAAACCAGUUGGAAUAGUGAAUAGACGUGGUGAAGGAAGACAGUUGAGUUGUAUUUGUCUGUUUAAAAAGGACUGAAACAUAAAGCAUUACGGUUAUCCGAUUACAGUCCUGAUUGGUAUUCGACCAUUGUGGCUUGUGAGUGUAUAACUAAUUACGCUCCAAGAUCAGACAUUGCAUACAAUUAGAAAUGAUUUGAUACUCCUAUAAUGCGUUGUCAUGUUGCUGAAGUGAAUCGUGUGGGUUAUUGACAGAGUGGACAGUGUUGGUGCUGCAGGUAAACACAAGGGUUGUUUUGGAUUUAGUAAAGGCCGCUGAUUUUACUGAGCAGCAGUGAGAAGGGGCCGCUUCCCUUUCCCUUUCCCCCUUCUGAUCUCACCAGAAACACACACCUCAUUUUGAAACUAGGAGUACUGGCUUUCUCUGCGUUCUUACCACACUACACAACUUCACACUUGUAUUUAGAUGCAUUUAAAAUGGGUUCAUUGCAUUUUACUCAUGUAAAGCAGGCCACACGUGCAAAUGAUACUAAUGCACACCUGAUUGCAGCUGUAUGUCAUGUGACUUAGAGUAGAACGGUUUGUGAUUGUACCACACACUCAUUUCUUUAUCGCCACCUGACUUGGUAGUGCUGUGUUAGGUUUAAGUGACACAUAGCCUCUCUAAAUUUCCACAUAAUUCCACCUUCUCCAUGUGAACUGUUAGUUGCAUGCCUUGUUGUUGCUGCUGCUCCAGCCACCUUCUUCCUCUUGCUGAUUAUUGCAGCUAGAGUGGGAGGGAGCCAAACUGAGCCCUUGCCCCGGACGUACGCCACACGCAGCUGUAGCGUGGGAUGGGAAAAACAGCAGCGUUAGGCCUGAAACUGCUGUGGACGAUGGGGUGUCCCCCCACUAAGGUAAACACUCAGACCACACACUCCUGUCCCUCCCCAAAAACACACAAACACACAUACACACAUACAGAAACAUCUUUGUCCAUACUUCUUUUACCUUGCCUGUCUUCAGGGAGUUUUAUUUGUCAGGAUUUCAGAUUUUUGGAAAUGGAUCUCCCCCAUCCUUUUUUAAUAGGAGAUUACCUUUUUUCCUGCUUUUGAUAUCCCUGAUCAUAUCCCUGCUUUAGGAUACUAUGCUCAUACAUUCCUGCUCCCGACAUACUGACCGCUCACACACAGCAGAUUUGGAGGACACGUUAACCAUCUUUUAGUCUAAAUCUGAAGCAGGCAUGUCGUCAGUACAUCCUGAAUAUAACAGCCUGUCAUUGAACUACCAGGCAAUCACAGCCAGAGCUGGACGUGGGACAUUUAGGUAGGAUGGGUUGUUUUAGUUUUUGUAAAUGUGCCCCUGCGGCCACUUUGGGGUUAAGUGCCUUGCGUAAGAGCACAUAGGUAAGCCCUUCAUUUCAGAGUUGAAUAACCUGGCUCAGGAUCGGUUGCUGGUUCAACGCUCAACUCCCCCCUCUCCCCUAAAACAACGAUUUUUGAUGCCACAUUCAACUUGUAUGAAUGACAAUGAACACAGAUAUUAUCAUUUUGUUUUAAAUUACAUUUUGUCCUUAUGUUCUUGGAAAUGUUUAAUUAUCAAUAAAUACAUUUGAACUAAA